UGUUGUCAGUCGGCGGGUUUGACAGGAAGCACGUUCGCUCUGACGUGUUGACUUUUUUUCUGGUUUCGCUUGGAGCGGCGUUACUGCUUUAUAACAAAGAUUGGGACCUUUAAAACUUCUCAGAAUAGAAUUAACGGACUUAUUGGAGAUUUUCUGCAAAAUUAAGCUAUUACUAUUAUGGCUGGUACCACCACAAAGACUGUACAAGAUAUUUUUCAAAGCAUGGAGUGCGGACCAGCUACAACUUCCAACACUGCCACUGCACAGGCAUGGCUGGAUAACCAGUCCCGCACUUUGGGUCUAUUCAUUGAUGGCAAAUUUGUCAAUCUGGUAGACAGAGAGACUCGCUCCUUGGUGGACUCGAAAGGUGAUCUUGUGUGCAGCACAGUGUGUGCUGUGCAGGACGAUAUUUUGCAGUGCGCAUCGUCUGCUAUCAAAGGCUUUGAGUCUUGGAGUCGCCUGUCCUGCUACCAGAGGUCCAAAGUGCUGCUCAGGUUGACGAGCACUCUUGGACAGCAUGGCCAAACUGUGGCCGAGCUGUGUGACCUUUGUCAAGCCUCCUGCUCCUCCUCCAGCCUUGUCAGGUUGUUGCAAUACUACAGCGGCUGGGCUCAGCUUCGAGACACUCUGAUCGCCAACUGGACGCCAUUGGGUGUGGUGUUAGUAGUUGGCUCUGAUGAGUGCAGUUUUUACUCCCUGAUGCUCAAAGUCUUACCAGCAUUGGCCAUGGGCAACUCGGUCAUCGUUGCCCCUGGUCUACGUACCGCCCCUCCGGCACUUCUAUUGGCUCAGCUUUUUAGGAGUGCAGGGCUUCCUGCUGGCGUUCUCAGUGUUUUAACUGGCACUGACAUGUCACUUGCUUCUGAUGUAGCCAAGAACUCCAGCAUCAGCUACGUCACCUACAGUGGCAACAAACAGGAUGCUGUGAAGCUGUGUAAAGCCACAGCAGGGAUGGGGGUUCCAGUAUGUGUAUCCCCAAACAUUGGCGCUACAUGCCCUAUCAUCAUUUUUGAGUCUGCUGACAUCAACAGUGCAGUGGAUGACGUGUUAGAGACUGCCUUCCAAAAAAAGAAAGAAGUGCAUUGGGUGUUGUGCGUGCAGGAGAGCGUGCUUGAAAGUGUGACGGCCCGCCUAAGGCUGCGCAUGGCGGGCUUGAAAUGUGUGGCGCUGCCCAGUGAUGAUGUCAGGGUGCUCGUGGACGCCGCAGUGCAGGAUGCUCAAAAUAGCGGGGCUACGUUGGUGCAGUCCUGCGCUGUCCCCUCUGGUACGCAAUAUCCUCCAACGUUGCUAUGCGGAGCGGCCCCAUCCUCGUCAUGUGUGGUCGUGCCCUCUCCUGGCCCACUGCUUCCACUUAUGACCUUCAGAAGUAACUCCGAGGCAGUGACGCUGGGGAACCACAGUCCACAUGGCCAAACAGCAUGUAUCUGGACUGAAGACCUCACUCUGGCUUUGGAGACAUCUAAGAGUCUGUCUGUUGGCUCAGUGUGGGUAAACUCACGCCCUUUCUCUGAUCCGUGUCUGCCUGUUUCUGGUCACAAAGACAGCGGCACAUGCACUGAUGGAGGCCAGGAGGGUCUUUAUCAGUUUUUACGGCCAUCAUCAUCAUCCUACGUUCCCCCUCGUGCUUCCUCUGUUGCUCUGGACUACGCCAAGUUUGGAACAGACGCACCGCCAGUUAUCAUUCCCGACGAGACUGCUGGUACCCUGAAGUCCUACUCACAUUUUGUCGCUGGCAAAGCUUGCAAAUCGGAGUCUGGCGCCAGCUUAGUAGUGCAUCCACAAGGGGGCAGCAGCGUGCUCGGCUACUGUCCUGAUGGAGGCCAGAAAGAUGUCCGGAAUGCUGUGGAGGCAGCUAUCAAAGUUCAGCCAGGCUGGAUGAAAAAGAGUCCAUCUGCACGUGCCCAGUCUAUUCAGUCGCUGGCCAAGGGGCUUGAAGGAAAAAGGCAGGACAUAGCGUCGUCAAUCAGUACCCAAACUGGUCUUCCUAUGGAAGAGGCUGAUUCGGAAGUGGAGCUCAGCAUCGCCAGACUCCGUGAUUGGGCUGCCUAUUGUGACAAAGUUCACGGCGGAACUCUGCCUGUACCACAGUCUGGCACGGGUCUCUCCAUCCCUGAAGCACUGGGAGUGCUGGGUGUGGUCCUUCCUGACAAGCAUCUCCUCCUCUCCAUGGUAACACUUCUUGGAGCAGCCCUUGCCUCUGGCAACGCCAUCGUCAUGGUGCCCAGUCAGGAAUAUCCACUUCCGGCAUUAGCAUUUAUUCAGGUGCUCCUGUCUUCAGAUCUGCCAGCAGGCUUAGUGAGCAUCAUUACAGGAAGGAGAAACCAGUUGACAAAGGCCUUGGCCAAUCACAGCGUCAUCAAGGCCAUCUGGUAUUGGGGCAACAGUGAGGGCUGCCAGUACCUCCAGUACACCUGCACCAGCCCGCUAAAAACUUUGCGGCUGUUCUGCCAGAAGGACAAGGACGGGAAGCAUUGUGGUGGGGACUGGACACACCCCUCUGUUCUGGAGGAACUGUGGAGAAAUGCCGUCCAGUGGAAGAGCGUGUGGAUUCCUACAGCUUAAUAGAAAGAGUGUGAUGAAUAAAAUGACAAAAUGAUCACCGUAGGGUUCAAGGCAAAUUAAAGAUUAAUUCAAUAAAUCAUUUCAAAGUGACGUUCUGCUGAAAAAAAAAAAAAAAAGCCUGUUAUAAAUCUCGAAUGAAGGAAUGGGCAAAGGUUAUUGUACAAC